UUUAAGCUCACUUUUUGGCUCUCCUGCCAGGCAGAAAAAUGUCCGAGACGGCUCCCGUGGCUCCUGCGGCUCCCGCACCUGCGGAGAAGACCCCCGUCAAGAAGAAGGCGAAGAAAGCCGGCGCCGGGGCCGGCAAGCGCAAGGCGUCCGGACCCCCGGUGUCCGAGCUCAUCACCAAGGCGGUGGCCGCGUCCAAGGAGCGCAGCGGCGUGUCCCUGGCCGCGCUCAAGAAGGCGCUGGCGGCCGCCGGCUACGACGUGGAGAAGAACAACAGCCGCAUCAAGCUGGGGCUCAAGAGCCUGGUGAGCAAGGGCACCCUGGUGCAGACCAAGGGCACCGGCGCCUCGGGCUCCUUCAAGCUCAACAAGAAGGCGGCCUCCGGGGACGCCAAGCCCAAGGCCAAGAAGGCUGGUGCCGCCAAGGCCAAGAAGCCCGCCGGCGCGGCCAAGAAGCCCAAGAAGGCCUCGGGCUCCGCCACCCCCAAGAAGGCCGCCAAGAAGACGCCGAAGAAGGCCAAGAAGCCGGCGGCUGCAGCGGGGGCCAAGAAAGUGGCCAAGAGCCCGAAGAAAGUGAAGGCCGCCAAGCCCAAGAAGGCGGCCAAGAGCCCGGCCAAGGCCAAGGCGCCCAAGCCCAAGGCCGCCAAACCCAAGGCGGCCAAGCCCAAAACCACGAAGGCGAAGAAGGCGGCGCCCAAGAGAAAGUAAAGUGGCAGCAGGGUCUCCUGCUUGCAAAAAUCUCAAAAGGCUCUUUUCAGAGCCACCCACUAAACUCAGGCGAAAGAGCUUAACGCUAACGUAGCUGGAGCUGCUAGCACGUCUACGCAGAGUUGGGUUUGAGAUUGCCGCGGGCUUUCGUGAUUGGCCCGUCGUACG